AUGGAGCGGCCCCGGUACCGGGAGGCGGCGCCCGGGGGCAGCGGGCCGGGGGGGGGCUCCAGCGCCGCCUGGAACGGGAGCUGCGGCCGCGCCCCCGGUGCCACCAUCGGUACCGGCACCGGCACCGGCACGGCGGGGGGCGAGGACGACGAGAGCGGCGAGCGCGACAUUGCUGUCCCCGGGCCCGGGAGUGUCCCCAAUCCUGGGAGUGUCUCUGAGGGUGUCCCCAACACCGAGACUGUCUCCAGCCCUGAGGGUGUCCCCAGCCCCAGGAAUGUCCCCGGGACCCCCAGGAGUGUCCCCAACCCUGAGGGUGUCCCCAACCCCGGAAGUGUCUCCGGUUCCUGGAGUGUCCCCAACUCUGGGAGUGUCCCCAACCCUGAGGGUGUUGCCAGCCCUGGUGGCGUCUCCGGUCCCGGGAGUGUCCCCAGCUCCGGGGAUGUCCCCAACCCUGGGCUCCCCAGGAGGGUCCCCAACUCCCCGAGUGUCCCCAACACAAGGAGUGUCCCCAGUCCUGAGGGUGUCCCCAAAUCCAGGAGUGUUCUCAGCCCCAGCAGUGUCUCCAACUCCGGGAGUGUCCCCAACCCUGAGGGUGUCCCCAACUCUGGGACUAUCCCCGGUCCUGAGGGUGUCCCCAACCCCAGGACUGUCCCCACCCCCGGCAAUGUCCCCAGCCCCGGGGGUCGCUGCAGCUGCCGGUGCCCCCCGGCCUCUCCCCCGAGCCCCUCCCGGGACCUCCCGUGCGGCCUCGGCUGCCGCCACCGCCGACCCCCGGCGCCCCCCGGCGCCCCCCGGCCACACCGCCACCACUGCGACAACCCCGGUGCCGCCACCGCCAGGGGACACCGCCACCACCACGAGGACCCCGGUGCCACCACGGCGGGGGGACACCGCGGGUCCCUGCGGGCGGCCCGGGCGGGGGUCGCGCUCUGCCUGCGCCUCCUCGGCGCCCUCCUUGCGCUGCUCUUCCUCCUCCUCCUCCUCCUCCGCUCCUUCCUCCGCGCCGCCUCCGCGGGGCUCCGCCGCUCCCGGGAGCUGCUGGCCGAGCGGUUCCGGCCCCGGGCGAGCCGCCGGGGUGGUGACAGCGACGAGGAGGUGACACGUUUGGUGACGAUGGCCGAGGUGGCCGAGGAGGAGCUGGAUCCGUUCCGGGUGCUCGGCGUGGAGCCCACGGCCACGGACGCGGAGCUGCGGAGGGCGUACCGGAGGCUGGCGGUGCUGGUGCACCCCGAUAAAAGCCGCGACCCCCGGGCGGAGGCGGCGUUCAAGGUGCUGCGGGCGGGCUGGGAGAGGGUGAGCAGCCCCGAGAGGCGGCGCGAGUACCAGGCGAAGCAGCUGGCGCAGGGGGAGCUGGCGCGGGCGCUGGGCGCAUUCCUGGGCCGGCUGCAGGAGGAGCUCAGGGACGCCAUGGACGCCAUGGGCUGCACCCGCUGCGGGGGGCGCCACAGGCGGUUCCAGCUGGACAGGGACCCGCGCGGUGCCCGCUGGUGUGGCCCGUGCGGGGGGUGGCACGCGGCCGACGAGGGUGACCUGUGGGCAGAGUCCAGCCUGAUGGGCCUCAAGGUCACCUACCUGGCCCGCAUGGACGGCCACAUCUACGACGUCACCGAGUGGGCGGGCUGCCAGCGCGUGGCCAUCUCCCCGGACAGCCACCGUGUCCCCUACCACCUGUCCUUCGGCGCCAGGACAGCCACGCCGGCCGGACGCCAGCGGGCCCCCCCCAAGGGCAGCCCCCCGACCCCCGCUGACCUCCAGGAUUUCCUGGCCCGCGUUUUCCAGGGAAAUCCGGGCCCAGAGCCCGGGGGGGCUUUCCCCGCCCCCCCCGGGGCCGCGGGACCCCCCCAGGGACCCCUCCAAAACCAAGGGGGCCCCCCCAGGGGGGACACGAAGCACAAGAGGAGGAAGAAGGGGAGGCGGCCGCUGCCGCGAUGAGGAGACCCCCACCCCAAAACAAAAAAA